UUGCGCGAGACUGCUGCCUUCCUUCCUCCCGUCCCUGUCGGCCGCCUUCCUCCCCUUCCCUGACCAAUCUUUCCUCCCUCCUCGCGGCGCAUCCCCGCGGGCUAAUAUGGUCUCCGGAGAUGGACGAGCCAAGUGCAGGACACACCUUUGAGUACCUUAUUGAAACAUUGAAUGACAGUUCACGCAAGAAGUUCUUCAAUGUACCUAAACUCGGAGGCACCAAGUAUGACGUCCUGCCGUACUCCAUCCGGGUCCUGCUGGAAGCUGCCGUGAGACACUGUGACGGCUUCUUGCUGAGGAGGGAGGAUGUCCUGAACAUCCUGGACUGGAAGAGCCAGCGCAGCCGCGUCGAAGUGCCCUUCUUCCCCGCCCGCGUCCUGCUCCAGGACUUCACUGGAAUACCCGCGAUGGUGGAUUUUGCUGCUAUGAGGGAGGCGGUGAAGACUCUGGGAGGCGACCCUAAGACCGUCCACCCGGCCUGUCCCACAGACCUCAUGGUGGACCACUCUUUGCAGAUCGACUUCAGUAAAUGUGCAAUACAGAACGCUCCGAACCCCGGAGGCGGCGACCUGCAGCGAGCGGGGAAGCUCUCUCCCCUGAGAGCGCAGCAGCCCAGGAAGCCGCCGUGCCGAGGCCAGGCCGCCUGCCGAGGGCCCUGCGACUCCGAGGAGCUGGGCCGUGGCUCGGGGAGGCCCUCCGCACAGAUCGAGAACACGCCCGCCCUGUGCCCUUUCCACCUGCAGCCAGUGCCUGAACCUGAAACAGUGUUAAAGAAUCAGGAAGUAGAAUUUGGCAGAAAUCGAGAGAGGCUUCAGUUUUUCAAGUGGAGUUCCAGGGUGUUCCGGAACGUGGCCCUGAUCCCCCCCGGCACUGGGAUGCCUCACCAGGUCAACCUGGAGUCCUUGUCUCGCGUGGUUGCGGAGGAAGGUGGCCUCCUCUUCCCCGACAGCGUGGUGGGCACGGACUCCCACAUGACCAUGGUGAAUGGUCUGGGGGUCCUGGGCUGGGGGGUCGGAGGCAUCGAGACGGAAGCGGUCAUGCUUGGGCUGCCCGUUUCUCUGACGCUGCCGGAGGUGGUUGGAUGUGAGUUGACUGGCUCAUCAAACCCUUUUGUCACGUCCAUAGAUGUUGUCCUUGGCGUUACGAAGCACCUCCGGCAAGCGGGCGUGGCCGGCAAGUUCGUGGAGUUUUUCGGAAGUGGAGUUUCCCAGCUGUCUGUAGUGGACCGGACGACAAUAGCAAACAUGUGUCCGGAGUAUGGUGCUCUCCUCAGCUUUUUCCCUGUCGACAAUGUGACAUUAAAGCAUUUAGAACAUGCAGGUUUUGACAAAGCCAAACUCAAAUCAAUGGAAACAUACCUUAAAGCUGUGAAAUUGUUUCGAAAUGACCAGAGUAGUUCAGGAGAACCCGAGUACUCCGAGGUGAUCCAGAUUAACCUGAACUCAAUCGUGGCGUCCGUCAGCGGCCCCAAGAGGCCGCAGGACAGAGUCGCUGUGACAGAGAUGAAGAGCGAUUUCCGAGCUUGUUUGAGUGAGAAGACGAGCACGGGAAAAACGUUCAGCGUGAUGGCUUCAUUCGAAAAUGAAGUGGAAAUAACAUUGUACAAACAUGGAGGAUUAUUAAACUUUGUGGCACGAAAAUUCUCAUAGUACCUGAUCACCGCGGAGACCUUUCCAGACUGGCAACCGCAGGCCAGGCCUUUUGUGCCGGACCCAGGAGUCUUCCCCGUGGAGCUGCAGACAGUCCUGGACACUCCCUUCCCUCGUCCCUGGAUGUAAUUGAUUAUGAAUCACAUCGUGACAGAAAUGAAAUCUUCUUGAUUUUAAAUAAUAUACGAAUGGUGCUAUUAACAUUGCUACAGCCGACGUGUGAAGUGUGUUGUGGAAGAGACUGGUAAGUGUGAGGGGUGUUUAUCAGACCGUUUUGUACAUAAAGGCAGAAUUUGAGCUUGUGUUGAAGAUUCUUUUAUGAGUAACCUUCCUGAAGCUGUUUUAGUUUCGCAUCUAUGAAACUGUGCACGACUGUUUGUUGGUUUAAGACUAGGAGAUUAAAACACGAGAGGCCAGAUGAGACUCCGGCAUUGUGGAGGUCGGAACCUGACUUGUAAGUGGACUUCCUGAGAUGUUAGAUCCUUUUCAGACUCGUGCUGGUGUAGUUGGCUUUCUCAGUUUGUGACAGGAGCCGGGAUGCUCUCAGUCCCCGUCUCACUGCAAGGGGUGGAGCCCGCCCCAGACACGGCCCCCUGCGCGGUCCAGCCAGGCUGCCCCCACGUGGGAGCCAGGACCUGAUGGGCAGCUCCUUGCAGGUCGGCGUGGCGGCCCUGCUGCGUUCGCAGCCCUGGGCGGCUCGGUUACUGGCUGCGGAGACCUCUGGCUGGAUUCAGCCGGCAUCAUCUUAAGUGAAUUAGAUUAUUUUGCUCACUUUAUGUGCUACUGUCACUUCCUGUGGCCUAAUAUUUUAGGUAUCAUUAACCAAAAUUUCCCCUGCAUUUGGAGUUGGAAAAGAAAAAUCAGUGGGUGAAGACCGCUGAGACCUUUGCGUGUGGUCAGCCACACAGCCUAUUCACAGUAUUCUGCAAACACAUGUUUGGACAGUUAGAUGGGCUAGAGUUGGACAGUUUCCCUUUAUUUAAAUUUUAUAUAAAUACUUUCUGUGGUACUUUUGAAUCAAAUUGUGCUCUUGAUUUUUAUUCUGUGUAUUUGUCAGUGCAUGUGUUCUUAAUUUACAUGAAAACAUGAGUUAGGGGUUGGGAGUUUCCAAAUUGAAUCCCUGGGAUGUGCUUUGAAGAAAUUAUUAUUCCAGGGUGGGGGCAUCUGUAUUAUUUUCAAGCAUAUUAUACUCCACAGCCUGUGGGCAGGGGCACAGGUGUCCUCAAAAGACACUGGUACGGGAGACGAAGGCGAUAAACUAGCUAUGAAUUAAACACUGAAAUUUCUGGCCUGCCCGCCCCAGCGGUAGUACAAGCAAAUCUUGUCCUUCAAGGACAGACCGAGGGUCUCUUAACCUGUUGCUCACAUACAGUGAACCAAAAAGCUUGCAAGCGUGGCUCUUGGUGGGGAGGGGAAUUGUGGGUGUGUGUCCCGUGUGUGCCCUACAACCAUGUUUGCAAACAUGUGGCAUCUGUUGGUUUUUAUUGUUUUACUUAUCUCCUGUGUUAACUGUGUCUGGGUGAUGUUGUGUUUAAGGAAAACAACAGCAGACAUUGUGGAAAGGAAGUGCACUGGCCCCGCGGGAAAGGAAAACGGGGGCUGUCCCCGCCCCCUGCCAGGUUCCGUGCUCUGGGUUCCAUGACUCCUACAGAAUGAAAUAAGUGAGAAUGGCAUCCAGCCACCAAGUGGCCCUUAUUUGACCUAAACUUCCCAGGCUGACAGUUGCUGUCAUUCCUUGUUUUAUCUGCAGAUGUCCGGGGUGACAUCUCAUCUGAACGAGGGUAUCACGGUCCCUGUGGCCAGAUCGCUCCGUGUUUCUCUGGUGCACACAGGCCAGGGGUACUGCAAGGGGACUCCACUGAGACCUGACCCAGUCAUAGUCACUCACACACGGCCAGUGCCCUGUGCGUCGCCCUGUCAAUGGGGAGGAGCAGGGUGGGGAGAACUGACAUUUUCCUGUGGUUGAAUUAUAGGCCACCUCUGUUUUGCCCUGCGGUUUAGGAGAAGGUGGUUGGUUUGAUUUGGAGUGACAAAAACGGGGGGAGGAAAUGGACUUGGGCUUUUCAGUGGCCUUCUCCAGACGCGCGACAGUGCCGACAUUUCUGUCAACGCUACACGCGACAACGUGUCUAUGAAACUGUAUCCCACUUAAGUAACUGCAGUCAAUUAUUUAAAGCCAACAAAACAGUGUAACAGUUUUAAGUUCAACAAUGUUAAGUAUUGUAUAGAAAUAUAUUGGAGGCAAAGUUCAGUUGAUGACAAUUGUGUAUAUGUUAUUGAUGCUGUAAAUUAUUUUUAAUAAAGAAAAUUGUAUUAUC